AUGGAUCAUUCCCAGUGCCUUGUGACUAUAUACGCCUUGGUGGUUCUGCUGGGUCUCCGGCUACAGCAGGGCGCCUGCCAGCACUAUCUGCACAUCCGACCGGCUCCCAGCGACAACUUGCCCUUGGUGGAUCUAAUCGAGCACCCGGAUCCUAUAUUUGACCCCAAGGAGAAGGAUCUUAACGAGACCUUGCUAAGGAACCUCAUGGGCGGACACUUCGACCCCAACUUUAUGGCUGUUUCUUUGCCCGAGGACCGGCUCGGAGUGGACGAUCUAGCUGAGCUGGAUUUGCUGCUCAGGCAGAGACCCUCGGGAGCGAUGCCCAGCGAAAUCAAAGGGCUGGAGUUUUACGACGGGCUGCAGCCGGGCAAGAAGCACAGGCUGAGCAAGAAGCUGCGCAGGAAGCUGCAGAUGUGGCUUUGGUCCCAGACCUUCUGCCCGGUCCUAUACACGUGGAACGAUCUCGGCAGCCGCUUUUGGCCCCGGUAUGUCAAAGUGGGCAGCUGCUACAGUAAAAGGUCUUGUUCAGUCCCCGAAGGCAUGGUUUGCAAACCUGCCAAGUCCGUGCAUUUAACGAUCCUGAGGUGGAGGUGCCAGCGCCGGGGCGGGCAGAGAUGCACAUGGAUACCCAUCCAGUACCCCAUCAUUUCGGAGUGUAAGUGCUCCUGCUAG